UGGGAGAAACCAGGCUCAGUCGGGGGGGGCAGUUCUCCUCUGGCCAACAGCGAACAGUGCAUGAUUAUGAUUCAGGCAGCGUUACAGGUCACAAGUCAUAAGUCAUAAAUUUACGGGUAUCUUUACGUUCAUCUUCAUCAAUUGUAACAGAGUCCCAUCUCAAAGUCACUGUUCCUAUUUUGGAUGCCAAAAAUGACAUCAUACGCAUUGUAGAUAGGACGGUCCUGUCUGAUAGCAUUCUGAAAUGGAAUAAAACACUGAUUAUUUCCAGGCUUAUUAAUCUCAAUGCAAAUCAAUCUCAAUCAUACUUAUACAUUUCAAAGAAUGAACUCAUUCCACAGAAUUCACACAAUACUGUCUGGCUAGCUUGUGCUCUAUUUAUCAUGCUAAUAGAACUUAUACCCCCCACAUUCCAGAACAUUAUCACCUGGCCCUCAGACAGCAAGUAGUUAUUUGGGCAAACAAGCAAAGCCCAGAAAAGAAAACAUUAUUUUAUAAAUAAUAAGAUACAGAUAGUUUCAAAUACUGCUACACAAAUAGCCUACUUUCAAAUUCUCAAAAAAUAUUUUUUUUCUUCAGUAAACUUGAACUUAUUUAAUAGUCAUUAAAUUUUGAUUUUUGGUAUCAAAAUCAAUAUUAUGUUUUGUUACUGACAAAAAAAAAAAAUCAAAAAUAUAAAUUGGUAGUACAAUUCAUCCAUGUAAUGUGCAGUGUGCACAGGCAAAUUUUGCUACCCCCUUUAACCCAGUGUUGUAAAAUUACAACACUAAGCUAAAAAAUCUAACAUGAUCAAAGCAUAUCUUAAUAUCUGCAUGAUGUAGACAUAUUACUAAUCACAGAAAAAAAUAUUUUAGGCAUUUUACUUACUUGAAUGUUGAUUUAUCCAGUCCAGUAAUAAAAGGCCAGGUAAACAGACCCAUUUACAAAAUCUACCAUUCAAAAGUAUUGCAGGGUUGAACAAUGGACCUAUUAGUUGUGUAAAUGGUGGUCUUAAAGAGAAAAACAUGUACAGGGAUAUUUUAGUUGAGCUUAAACUGAUGUUGUAAUAUUACAACAAUGGGCCUUACAGGGUUAAAUUGUUUAAAUUCUUAACUUAAUUACUUUAACACUUUUAUUCUGCCUGUUUGCUUACAAAAAUGUGGAUUCAAUAUUUACACAGCGACAAAAUAAUAGCAUAUAAUAAUGUAUCAUACCCCCAAUGUCCAUUGGAAUACAUCUAAAAUCUUCAAAUUAUUUUAAAUACACUCAAUGUAUAAAUACAUCAAAAAUACUUUGCUUUGAAUUUUUAAUAUUAUGCAUGUAACUAAGCAUAAUAAUCUUUAAUCUUUAAGAUGCUUUAAGGUCAUAUAUCUGUCAGACUGAGCUUCAGGAAGUGAGAUGCAACACUGAGGUGCUGUCAGGUUAUAAUAGUAUGUCUUCUCAACAGGGCAGGUCUGAAACACAUCACUGAAACACACUUAGCUAAGAACAACAUCCUUUUUUAAAUAAAUAAUGUAAGCGGAACAGGAUAUAUGUUUUUUUUUUUUUGUUUGUUUUUUUUCUACCUGUUUGAGAGGAUCAGAUACUGGCUUUAGUAGUCACAUCCUGUGCAGCGAGGCUUUUACUGCAUUAACACCCAGGUCCCUCUCACUAGCCACUUGCUCACACACAUAACUUACUGUGAAGUGAAACUACAUUUACUAGGAAGGACAUUCGGAAAGUACAUGCAUUUCCAUUAACUAUAUGUUCAGAUUUCGUUUUCCGUGUAUUUUAAUUUGGUACCUUAAGGCUAGACAUUGACAGGAUCAAAUGUAAACAAAUUAAAUACUGAACUAGGUUGUGUGUGUGUGUGUGUGUGUGUGUGUGUGUGUGUAAGAGAGAGAGAUAUGGGUGAGAGAGCAAGGGAGAAAAAAGACUAAUGUUACCUCAGAUAGCAAGUACAAGCACGUGUAGCUCCUCCCCAGUGUCCUUUGUUUCUAUUUUGAUGGAUGGUGAUAAGUCAUCAGCACACACUCUGUGAUUUUUCACACACGCAAUCCAUAUAAUUCACUUUGAUAUUCAAGGUGUUUUAGCUCACAGCCAGAAAGGCUUCUUGUGCGUUUUUAAAGAAACCUUAAGUCAGGGCUGCACCAACCCUGAGUAAUUCUCUCCUAAACCUGCGCUCAUAAUGAGGAGGAUUCUAUACCUAAUGGUCCCCAUGAAUGGACUAUUUGGCUUUGUUGAGGGGAAUCAAGACUGCAGUUCAUGUUACCAGUUGGAGACUGGAGCGUUUAUUGGGAUCAUCACUUGUGACAUCAUCCUCACGCUCCUCAUUGCUCUCUCAGUCUACUGUUUUGUUUCCCGCCAGAAAAGGAGAGAGAGUUUACAUGUGCAGCCCAGAUGCUGUGGGUCAGGCAAAGCAAAAACUCACCAGCCUUCAAUGAGGUCAAAGACAAUUGAAGUGGAAUCACCUUAUCAGGAACUUUAUGGAGUCCAAUCAGAUAUAUACAGUGAUCUUCAGCAGUAUCGGAAAUGAGGUGACCAUGUGACAUUUAAUGUUAAUUAUGGGUUGUGUACACACCCAAAAAUAUUUGGAGAUUGCAUUCAUUAAGUUUUCAAACUGUAUCAUACAAAUGUGUAUUUACCCUAAAUAAGCUAUAGUAAUUGAUUUAUGCAAACCGUUUUUCCUUGAAUCCUUUUGAUUGGUUGUGGCGUACAUACAAAACAAUGAAUAUAAAUAAAUAAAUAUAUUUUUUCAUGGUUUAUGGAAAUUAAAUUAUCUUAAAGAGUUUGUAUUCCACAUUUUUUUUAAUAUAGCUGUCAGUUGUUUUCAUUUUUAUGUCAUGUUUUUAUUUAUUCAUAAUAUAUCUUUGUUAUGAAACUAUAUCAGAAUAUAAUUCCCUUGCUCUUCAUGUAGAAAUAAAUGUUUUAUUUUGA